AAACACACGAAGAAGAAGAAAACACCGGGGGAGUUUGACAAAUGCUUUUCAGCAUGGAGCUCCGUUUCUUAGCUGUUGCAUAGUUGUUUUCCUCACUGUGGUCAUCUUUUAKCCUGAAAGACAAAGCCCGGCGGGGUUAAACAGCAGCGGAUAUGUCCUACUGCAAAGAAGAGGGUAAAGAUCGCAUCAUCUUUGUGACCAAAGAGGACCACGAGGCCCCCAGUAAUGCUGAGCUGAUCGCUGAUGACCCCAACGAUCCCUAUGAGGAUCAGG